AGAUGAAGAGAAAAUUCAAGACAAUUGAUUGUUUUUUCCAACGUGAUAAUCCUAGAGCUACUCCAAUCGAAAAUCCUAACCUAACCAAUGUGCAAGAUUCUGAUCCAAUUAAUUUGCAUACUGAGGCAGCUGAGCUAAAUCAACAAGAGACUUUAGCCACGGCAUUUGAGAGAGACCCUGGUGGCCUGGUAAACGUGUUCAAAUUUUGAGGCUACCUUUUGAUCAACAAGAUGAAGCUCGGAGAUUUUAUAUAUCUGAGGGCCCAUAUCAAGUUAUAUUAGAUGAGUACCCAUUGAAUGAUGCAUCUCAUGCUCGUCGAUUCCAGAGCAAUUGGUUUAAACAAUUUAGUUGGCUAGAGUAUUCACCUCAUACAGAUCGUGCUUAUUGUCUCCCAUGUUUUCUUUUUUCAAAGAAACCAAUUGGAAAGUAUGGAUCAGAUACAUUCACAUUCAAGGGGUUUAACAAUUGGAAAAAGGUUAAUGAAGGAAAGGAAUGUGCUUUUCUAAAACAUAUGGGAAAUUCUGGUUCUGCCCAUAACUAUUCUGUUGGAUGUUUCAAUAAUCUGAAAAACAGUAUGACUCAUAUUGACAAGGUGAUGGUUAAAGAAAAUGAGAAAUUAGUUGCAGAAGCAAGACUAAGGCUUACGACUACCAUCAAUUCCAUUAGGUGGCUAACAUUUCAAGGUUGUCCAUUUAGAGGCCAUGAUGAAUCUCAGAAUUCAUUAAAUCAAGGUAAUUUUCUUGAAAUGGUCAAGCUUUUGGCUUCAUAUAACAAGGAGGUGAAAGGAGUUGUGUUACAAAAUGCUCCAAAAAAUGCCAAAUACACUUCAUCUGAUGUCCAGAAGGAAAUUCUAAGCAUUGUUGCACGGAAAGUGCAAAAAUUAAUAAGAGAAGAAAUUGGCACUAGCAAGUUUUGCAUCAUGGUUGAUGAAGCUCGAGAUGAAUCUAAAAAGGAGCAAAUGGCAAUAGUCAUCCGUUUUGUCAACAAAGAAGGACUUAUCAAGGAACGUUUUCUUGACCUCGUUCAUGUGAAGGAUACUACUGCAGUGACUCUUAAGAACUCAAUUUGUGCUGUCUUAACUGCAACAGGUACACAACUUCUUUCAACAUGCAACUUUUAUCAUAAAUGUUGUUAGUUCAUCUACUAAGCGCAAUGAUGAGUUACUAGCUGCACAAGCUGAAGAAAUAGCUCGUGAAAUUGAAUUGGGAGAGCUUGACACUGGACAAGGUGCAAAUCAGAUGAGCUCUCUACAGAGGCCAGGGGACACUAGAUGGAGUUCCCAUUACAAGUCAAUUCAAAGCUUAAAGAAGAUGUUUAGCGCCACAAUUUCAGUCCUACGUAGUAUUGCAAAUGAUCGUUCAGUUUCAAAGUAUUCUCGUGGUGAUGCUGCAGGUGCACUACAAAUUAUUGUCAAAUUUGAUUUUGUGUUUAUUUUGCUCAUGAUGGAAAAGAUUAUGAAGAUUACCGAUGUGCUAUGUCAAACACUCCAAAAGAAGUCAAUUGAUAUUUUAAAUGCACUAGAUUCAGUUUCCAAUACUAAAGUCUUACUUGGUAACUUGCGAAAUGAUGGUUGGGAUCCUCUUCUUCAGGAGGUCAAUUACUUUUGUGAAAAGAAUGACAUCGAUAUUUUGGAUCUGAAUCACAAGUUUGUUGAUGUGACCAAAUCUCGAAAUAAGAAUGAUAACACCACCGUUUUUCAUCAUUAUAAAUUUGAUGUGUUUAAUGUUGCAAUUGAUCAACAACUGAAUGAGAUAGAAGAUCGAUUUGGUGGCCAAGCGACAGACCUUUUAUCACUUUGUGCUUUCUUGAAUCCAAUACUUGGCUCUUUUGACAUGGAAAAGGUAUGCUCUCUAGUGGAAAAGUAUUAUCCUGCUGAUUUCUCAAAUCAAGAAAGAAUGCAAUUAGAGUGCCAAUUGCCACAUUUUCAACUUGAUGUUUGCAACCAUCCAGAACUAAAGGGUUUAUCAUCUUUGGCUGAUUUAACAAGUGGAUUAGUUAAGCUGGGUAAAGAUUCUUCUUAUCCGAUGGUAGAUAAAUUAUUGAGAUUACUCUUAACUCUCCCUGUGUCAACUGCGACCACAGAGAGAGCCUUUUCAGCUAUGAAAUUUGUGAAGACACGUCUUCGAAGCAAAAUGGGAGAUGCCUAUUUACGGGAUUAUCUGGUCGUUUAUAUUGAAAGGGAAUUAGCGGCAAUGAUUAGUUCCGAUGAUAUUAUCAAGGCCUAUGAUCUAGCUAAUACACGUAGAGCUAAAUUCAAAAUAACUGAGAUAUAAUUUUAUUUUGUUUGACAAAAUAGAUGCUGUUUUAUUAUACUGUUUUUGUAAUGAACAUUAUAUAUCAAUAUAUGUAUUGUGGUUGGUUUCUUUGCCAUUUUAA